GUAAUUUUCAGGUGGUGAAAAACCUCAUUAAGGAAUGAAUUUCGUGGAUCAAGACCUGGGGAAAUUAAAGAGUCCCAGGAGGACUUUUUGGAUGAUUCAUCUCUCCAUAUUCAGAUUGCUAUAGAGUUUGGUGCCAAAGUUCUGGAACAUGUCCUCAAUCUGUGCCGAGGUAACUAUGACUUCCUGCAACAGCUUCCUGUCCCAUUGCUCCUGUACAUCAUUUCCUCUCCGGAGCUUGAAGAUACUGCCAGGCUUUCUCAAGUUUCAAGCAGAUUUGAAAUGUUCUGUGAAAGACUGCUGGCAGUUCAAGAGGACGUGGCUGUACUGCUGUUCCUGCGGUGUGGCUACGAAGAUGUCAUAGAUGCUUUAGUGAGAGUGAGUUCAGGGUCCUUAGAAAGCCAAAACAGGCAAAAUGAAACGACAAAAAGAAAACUGGGAGGAAGGUGCUCCCGGCAGAGGGAGCCCGGUUCCCGGCGGCGGCGGGAGCAGGAGCCCUCGCCCCGGCGCUGGCCCGGCCGCUUCCGUGCUCGUUGA